CGUUUUGACGCAUUUUAGGUUACACAUUGCUUGUCCGAAUUUGUUUUGUGAGUUGUGGUUUAUUUACCUACUUUUUUGGUUAGGUAUUAUUAAGUGUCUAACAAUGAGAUUCAACGUUUCCCCGUACAAAGACGACACUAUGACAACUGUAUUAUGUACCAUUAUGUAAAUAUAUGUUACGCAUUGUAUUAAAGCUAUGUGUAGAUAAUUAUGUUAAUUGCAUUUCAUUCUUGGUAUCGUGAAGCACCGGUGUUAAUGGAUCUUCCGUUAGGUGUGUUUCGUUCGGAUGUUACGUUUUGCUUUCAUAUUGGCAAUGUGUAAGUAUCGCAUAUUUAGGCUAAUGCUUGUUCGUCGUUACUGAUGGACCGCAAUUGUUUAAGCAUUGGCUUUGGGUUUUUCCCUUCUUCACGAUGGCAAUGCGAGAUAACUUGUUUUGAUUUGAAUCAUGACCGGUCUUUACUGGCUACGGGAAGUAGACAAGGCUUUGUUGCGUUGUGGAAGCUUCGCGACAGAUAUUGUGAUAAUGUUCGUGGCGUUGUCUCUAUGCAACGUCUGAAGGAGAGUUAUGACCACACGAGUGAUAUUUCUGUUGAGCCUUACUUUCUGUUUGUUGCUAGCAACAAUCCUAUCGCAAGUCCUGUUGCUCAGGUAGCCUUUGCUAGUGGAUCUCGUCCAAUUCAUUCUUUAAAAGGUGAUCGUUCUCGUUUAAAUGUUGCUUAUUGUGCUGUUGAGGAUGCGGAAGGAUCUUUGGUUUCACUUCACAAGGACAACAGUAUUGCCAUAUGGUCUUUAACUGACUGCCGUUGCUUACACAAGGUUAAGGGGCCUCCUUUUCCCAUUCAACGUUUGUGCGUGUUCCCUGAUGACCGCUUUAUUGCAUUGGUUGGGCGUAACAAAAUAAACGUGAUUGACCUUUGGCGAUUGAAAUUAAUCGCAACUUUUGAUUUGGAUGGUACAUGUAAAAUCGACAGUACAAUAUAUUCCGAUCGUCGUCGUGGAUCAUACCGGGAGCCUCCUACGACUGAUUUCACUAUAGACUGUGCUGAAACUAGCACGGUAAAUGUAAGUCCUUCUAUUUUUAGCACUACUACGGCAUCGGUUAAAAAACCAUGUCGUAUUUUGCGUGCUCAUUGUGGUUUAUCUCCUUUUACUGAUAAUUCUGAAUCUGACACCACUGUUGAUUUUCAUAGUCAUUCUGUUAGGGCAGAGGACAAUUCAGAAAGUGAUCAUAUUCCUUGUCCUCUUAUACUGGCUGCUUUAUUGGACAACAAUGAGGUUGUCAUUUGGGAUUUAACUAUUCCAAUAACUCAUUACAAGGCUAAGUACGGCGGUACUCAUGGCACUGUGACUGUUGUCACUGCUUGGGACCGGCACUUGAAGCUACAUUCUGAGGUUCCGCAACAUCCUGCUGACAUAUCACAGCAUGGUUUUUUCCAUCGCACAUUAUCGCCCACCGACGGUAUAUCAGGUAAAGAAACCUUUCCUAUGUUACGUGAUCGUAUACCUGACCUUCAAGAAUCUUUUGGUGACAUUUGCAUUGUUGACCGUUAUCUGUUUGUGAUGCUUGGCAUUUACAUUUUCGUUUGGUAUUAUCACCAUGACGGUGCUUUGGACCGUGUUGCUGAGAUUCUGAAUAUGGAUGUUGAUGACAGUUUGAGCGAUACUCCUUGGCAUGGUUUUUCUUGUGUACGCGUAUCAUGUAGCACUAUACUUUUAUUUGCAUGGACAAAAUCUGGCAGUGUAUCUAUUUUUCUUUUCCCCAGUGUUAGGGAUGCUAAAAAGCAAUUUCGUGUUUUAUCUACUGCGCAGUUACCAGGUUUCGGUGACAUUUUACAUUCGGAUGAAACUAUCCACGUAUAUAUUCGUAAAAGUCUUGAUCCUGGGUAUAGGUUAGACUUUGAUAGUGAGGGCCUUCAAUCCAUUGGCUUUUAUAUGUUUCGUCAGACUUUUGACGGUCUACUUAGCAUUGGUAUUCCUUCUAGGAGUGCUUGGUCAAAUGUUCCCACUUCUACGCUUAUCAAUUCGUGUUUCCCUUUACCCAAGAGUGGCACCCUCGUGUCAUCUAUGUUCUACAGCAAUGGCUAUCUUCAAAGGCUAGAUGUAUUAUCCUCUGGUUAUAUACGUUGCAUAGAUGCUAGCUCUGGAGACAUUCGGCGAUCUAUUUCGUUCCAAUUGGUAGACCUAUGUUUACGACGCAUCUUUACCGGUUAUCGUAUGAAGACUUUGGUAUUACCUGGUAAUAAGGUGCAAGAAUGGCUUUCUGAUAGCGUUUCUGGAGGCAUGCCAACUUGUCCUCGCUUACCUUAUGCAUUGCUUCACUGUCUUGGUUCCAGUUACGUUGUUAUUUGGGUACCUCCGUGUGAAUUACUGGUUUAUACGUUAUCUACUUUUACUUUGACGGUGGUUUUCCGCAACUUGAGUGUUGCUCCUAUACGUGCUAUAUAUGCUGUUUUUUCGAUCAACUGCCGCAGUUCAAAUGUAUCCGACACUGUGAUGUAUGAGAUUGACGACACUUUUGCAACUAUUGACCAUAAGGGCCAUCUCGUUAUUGUACAGUUAUCAUUGCUAUUGGAUGAUUUAUCUGUGGAGAGUUCACCCCCCGAUAUACACGAGAGAGAUAUUUAUUCUGAUACAGAAGGUAGCAGUGGUUCUUCCGGUCGUUUACCUACGGCAUCCCAAGUUGAGCAUUUCGUAUCUAAAUCAUCGUGCCUCCGUGGUAUCCAUCGUAUGCAAUUUUAUAUCGGUUUGUUAUCAUGCGAAAUAGAGCGUGUUGCAUUGAACUUAGACAAGGACCUUGUGUAUGUGUUAACAUACCACAGCAUCUUGUUGUGGCGUUUGCGAAGUGGUACUUUUUUGCGUGAGUUGCCCUAUUUGGAGACUUACAGGCGUGCUGUGAUAUCUGGUGAGUCUCCAACACCUACUGAUAGCAGUGCCUAUGGCAUAAGCACAAUUGCUGGUACUUUAAGUUCUCUCCUUACAACAGAUUGGCAGUCUACAGUUUCUAGUGUUACUUCUGAGUGCACUUACCAGCGUUAUUUGGAUCACUGUACACCACAUGAUUUGUUAUCUCCUUGUAUGUUUCAGGACAAGUACUUCAAGAAGCAGUUAACUUCGUGUUUGCACAUGUCAUUUUUGCGUAUGCACUUCUCGCCAUAUUCUGAUUCACCUAUAGGUUUGGACAUGCCACAUCGUGAUGCAUCGAGCAUAUUACAACCAGGUUAUAGCUUGAACAAGCCUAGUCGGCGUCGAUUGAGAUACAAAUCGCUUCAGUGGCGUUGUGUAAAUACCGAUGCUAUGGCUUUGAGGAUAAUUAGGCGUGCCCGUGUAAUAUUAUACCAUUCCAGAUUGGAUGGAGUACUAUCGGAUAUAUCACAUUGUAAGGGCCCUGCGACAAUAUCAUAUUCGAUCCCCGUGUUAAUAUUCCCUCUUCAGGAAAUUGCCUCUAAUUUACGGAGUAGCAGUGCCACACUUUUAUCAAAGUUAGCUGACGAUGCUACUUUCAUUUAUUUGGGUAUUCCAUCAGGCACCUUUUCAUUUCCUCUUGAUCGCUCUUCGGUUGCUGGUCGUACAUCUCGAUAUAUUAACGAUUCUCCUAUAGACCAUGGUCAUUAUUUCGUGGAUAACUACUUGACCAAAGAGAUCGCCCAUCCUUGGAUUCGUCGAAGUUUUACUUUUCCAUGUUUAUUUGAUGAUUCUAGGAUACAUUCUGAAUAUCGUUUAUCUUUGCGAUCCAAUAGUAAUGGUUACUUGUCUACUUGUAUGUUACUUCGUCAUUUUGUGACUAGGGUCCAUCUUCGUUCUAGUGUAUCAUCAUCCUGGUUACGUUUGAUAGACGUAUGGUUGCUCAUGCGUUUAUUGGUAUCUUGCACUUCGAAGGAGUCCUACGCCGAGUUAUCGAAUGAGUUGAUAUUGGCCCUGCGUUAUCUAUCUCCUGAGGAACUUCGUUUGCACGUAUGUCGAGCCUUUGUAGUACUUCGCACAUCUGCUUCAUCCAAUGGUAAUUGCGAUUCUGGUCCUUUGACCAUAUGCGUAUGCCGUUGUCAAGGUUCAACGUUUACGUUUGGUAAGCGUUGCGGCGUUUGUCUUCAAUCUUGUGUUACUGUUGUUCGUGCUGGCACAUCACCUGUUGAUCGUCCUGCAUCCUGGGAGGAGUCUGCUUCAAUGUUGCUGUUGGUUGUGGUUACUAUGGACCAGCGUUUAUCUGCUGUUUGUGACUUUGUUUUUGUUGAGAAUCACCUUCUUCCAUUUGCUGCUUAUAUUUUGCGGUUGAUGCUUCCUCACAUGCUGUCUUCUGAAGACACCGUUCGCAGUGUUGAUAAUGCCAACGAUCGUCGUGUGUUUAACAUGCGUUCUUACUGUGUGGAGAUGUUUGAUCGUGGUUUUGUAUCCGUUUGGACAUUUCAGUUAUUUGACCGUUCUAUGACUUUAUGUUCCACGUAUUCCAAGAGUCGCGUUCACGCUAUAGCUCGUGCCUUUUACAAAUCUGAUGUUGAGCGCACUCCCUCUACUCAGUUUGUUAUAGGUGCCUUAUCGCAAUAUCGUGCUAAUAGUAGUGCGCACUGGCUAUCUAUUUUACGUAAGUGUUUUUUGUUGGACACUUGUUUGAUGAUUCGUAUCGUUCGUUGGAUAGUGCGUGAGCGUCAUUUGGACAAGUGGUACAUUCAGACGUCUGUUAAGUUGAUUACUGAGUUUGUCAUUGAGGUUCGUGAGGAUGCUAUACGUCAUUUACCUGACGUUGUUGUGAUUGUCGUUCGUUGUCUCGAUCCUUCUGACAGUGGCGUCCGUUUGUUAAUGUUAAAACCUGCCACUUCUGCUUUAUUCCAUCUGGUGAAGAACUUCCCCAUGGUGGCUUUUUAUCAGAAUAGUCAGCGUUUUGCUGUGGGUUCUAUAACUGGUCAGGUUGUGAUUUAUGACUUGCGUACUGCUACCAAGUGUUUAACGUUGGGUGGUGACAUGGGUUCUGUGGCAUCGCUUGCUUUUAGUUCCACUGGUGACUACAUAGCUGCUUAUUACAUGGAGCCUCCAUGUUUGGUUAUUUGGAACUGUUCUUCAUCUGGGUUGCUUGGUAGUCUUCUUCACAGUAGUAAGAAGGAGCGUAAGAUCAUUAGGCUGAAGCCUGUGGAGCCGAGUCCGUCUACAACUGGUAUGGAUGUUAAAAUACAGUCGAAGUCCAACCGCGAAUGGUUUUUGCAUCGUGAGGACGGUCGUGGUUACAUGAUAUCGAUUUGAUUGUUUGAGGUCAGAUCUGUUGCGAACUUUGCGAAGAAUU